CACAGCAUUCAACACGAGCCUCGCGCGCAUCCAGUUCAUUCAACCGCACAACCGUCAACGCACAUCUGCGCGAACAUCCUCGCUGAAUAUGAUGUUUAUGAGGAAGGUCUGCUGCUUUCUGCUCUGUUGUGUUUUUGAAGCGAGCGUUGCGCGCAGGACUGAAGAAGCGGAGACCUUGGAGAAGAUUGAAAGCGCGCGCUGCGUCUCGCGCUGCCUUACGCUUCACAUCACGCAGAUCACAGCGUUAUUCAAACACCUGCAGAAUGAUCAGGUGUUGGACUGGUGUGAGGACCACAGGAGAUGUUCACAGUGCCUACAACCAUGCAAGGAAUUAUGGGAAACAAGACGAGCUCUGUCUCCCAAGACCUGCGAGAAGCAUCAUGAGUGUGUGACCAGUGCUGAGUUUCUGCACUCGCUGCGGUCACAGAAGCAGGGCGACUGUCCUCCGGCCCAGCGGGCAUCUGGUUUCGCUGCUGCCUGUGUGGAGGGCUGUGCAGUCGACCGUGAGUGCUCCGGCUUCAAAAAGUGCUGCUCAAAUGGCUGUGGACACACCUGCCAGUCUCCGGCCAACCUUUACAGAGGAGUACCUUUGAAGCCAAAGAGAGACAUUUCCUUUUCCGAGGACCAGCACGGUCAUCUGAAGGUGACAUGGAUGUCCAAGUUUAACGUCUCCGUUGAGCCAGUUCUGUAUAUUCUUCAGAAGAGGUGGAAUCAUGGGAUUCACCCCAGCGAGGACGAAGCGUCGGCCUGGCAGACCGUUCUCAUGACCAUGGAGGACCGCUCCGUGUUGAAGGACAUCCGGCCCCACAGGUGGUACCAGUUUCGAGUUAGUGCAGUCAACAGUCAGGGCACGAGAGGCUUCACCACUCCCAGCAAGCAUUUCUUUUCUGUACGAGAUCCGUUUCCCCCAGAGACCCCACAGAAUGCCAGAAUAGGGAAUCAGACGGUUCACCCUGACAGCACAGUGAGUGUUCUGGUCCUGUGGGAGGCCCCCAGGGAGAGCGACUUAGUGGUCCACCAUUACAAGGUGACCUGGAGCACUCGAGGAACACCCCCAAACAGCCAGAGCCGGGCAGGACGGAUCACAGAUGGGGAUGUAACGCAGAUGGAGCUUCAGGGUCUACAGCCCAACACACACUACACUGCACAGAUUCAGGCCAUCUCUUACUGGGGUCAAAAUCGUCUCAAGAGCAGCCGAGCUCACCUCUCCUUCAUCACCGCAGCAGCCACCACAUCCUCAAAUGGGAAUGUUCACCUUUCUGGAGAGUCCUCCAAUGAGAUUCCCGUAUCCCAUUCCUCUCCCAAUAUCCUGAAGCUGGAAGCGGCCGCCCCUCAUUAUCACGACAACCAGCUGCAGGUCAAGGUCUUCUGGAAGAGCCGAAUCCCAGAAAGCCAAAAGGAUUCCAGUUCAUAUAUUCUGAGAUGGUUUCCUGAAGUUUGUGCCCAUAACAUGACGAAAGGCGAGAAAACGGCUACAGUUCAGGGAACACAUUUUGUGAUUACUGGCCUUCUUUUCGCCUGUAAGUACCGUGUGGCAGUGAAGCCCGUUACGGGACAAGAGCAGUCAUCAGAGGUCAUGACCUCUGUUAGCACCCCACUUUGCUCAUCGCUGAUGGGCCGACGGAAAAAACCUGCUGCCUGUGCCAGAGAUGAGCGCCAUCCUCAGGUUAAGAAAGCCCUGCAGCGGCCAGAGAAGCUGGCAGCAUCAUUUCAGCUGGUGAACGGCUCAGUGCAGGCGGUGUUCAGCUGGCAGGUGUCCCCAGAGAGCAGGGGACAGACCCCCGUCACUGGAUUCCAGCUCUCCUGGGUCAAAGUGUCCCGCAGCAGCACCAACGGCAGGCUUGUCUCCCAAACACACCUCCUACCCCCUGGUCAGCUGUCACUGACUGUAGAUGCGCUGCAGCCCCAGAGCGAGUACAGAGUUCAGGUGCAGGCUCUGUCUGGAGCAGGACACGGACCGUCGGUGUCUAAAACCCUCCACACUCCUCAUGUGAACGGCACACUCCUCUGAGCUGGAGGAAAGUGAGGAAUCAAGCUGCUCGUGUAUGAUAAAGUGCUUGUGUUGUUCCUCAUUUGGACAAGUGCGUCUGUUAAAGGACUAAAUGUAAAGCACUCUUCAUCAUCAGAUAGACUCCUGGCUGUUGUCUGCUGUCAUGGAGUGGAGAGCACUCACAGCAGACCAGCGUGAUCGCAGAAGAAAACAGCACACAAGUGAAGGCUUUAGAAUGGUCUACUGUAAUAUAGGAAUGAUGAAUAACCAAAGUAUGCUUUUGUUAUGUAAAAAUUAGUAGCACUGAUGUAUUUAGUAUGUAGUUGUUGCAUAUAGUUAUGCGCCACAUUAUUUUAUUAACAUUUGUUUUUAUACAGAAGUUUUAUAAAUGUGCUUUUACUCAAUGGGCCUCAUUCAUGAAACACAAGCAGUAUGAAUGUCUUAAAAGCUUGUGAAACCAUUCUUAUUUUACAUUACUCUUUAUUAAUUUAGAAGACACUUUUUUUCCAGAAGUGCAUUCAUCAGAUAUAUUUUGAUCAUGUUUGUUCCUUGAGAAUCAAACUCACGAUCAGCAAGGUUCAUUUUACAAACAGUUUACACAGAAAUUCGUUCCUUCAGAAAUUUGCUUGUGUUUCAUGAAUAAUGCCUAAUAUAAAUAUUUUUAAUCGAACAAGUAAUGUAAUAUAUUAAAUCCAACACUUCACCUCUGAUCUGAUUACCAACCCUUAAUCUCAGAUCACAACAUUUGAACAGGGUUAUUUCUAAACAACAGCAUGUCUGAUUUUAUUUAUUGUGAAUGUAAUUCAUUCAUCUCAAGAAGAACGAGUGUAAGACUAAAUUUCUAUGACAAAUCGUGAGAUAUGUCAGUGCCUUAUACUGUAUCAGUUAUAUCAGGCUAGAUCAGAUUGAUUUACUGCAAAGCGUGUUAACGUGUCUCUGCUUUAGCUGUCCGUCUGUCUUUACAAAUCACUCACAGCAUACAAACAACAAAUGAGCUGGCAUACUGCUGCUAUAACUGGGCAAAUGUUUUCAUGAAAUGCUUUUGAAAGAUGUAUCUUUGUACAAUAUAGCAUACAGUUUUUGUAAAUAUUGAAUGUGAUGUAUUAUCUAUGGUUUGUUGUCUUUACUAAUAAACUAGGCUGGAUGAAUCGCCACACUUUCAUCGUUUAUGAAUAUAUGUGUCUGUCAGGAGAAUGUAAACUGAACAUCAACAGCAGGGGCGGAUUAAGGUGGUCAGGGGCCCCUAGGCUGCUCUUUGUGUGAGCCCCGCCCC